GCUGUUUCAAGCACAUGCGUGCACGCACUCGGGGGGAAAAGCAAAACAAAAACACACACACACGCUUUAUUUUCCCUCGCACGAUUUGUGAAACCCGUUCUGGGUCCCAAAAGACGGUAUCCCGGUAGCAGCGUGAUUAGAAGUGAUCUUCCAUUUGCUGCGCCUGGGCUACCAACACGGCCCUCUACCCUCCUAUUGAUCUCCUGGUCAUCAUCAUCAUCAAUUAUCACCAUCAUCGGUGCCUUCGUCACCUGUUGCAUUGUGUUUGUGUGGAAAUCCUCCUCUUACUCCCACUAUAUCCGGUCGCUUGUUUGGAGAGGACCAUAGACAGAGAGAGAGAGAGAGACAGAGAGAAAUAAAAAAAAGAAACAGAAAAAGAAACAGAGAAGAACGUAAAGAGAAAGAGGGAGAGAGAGAGAGAGAGAGAGAGAGAGAAAUCGAGCGACAAGGACAGCAAGUCGGGAAAUUUUUUGUAAUGCCGUCGUGUGGUGGAAGCGAAUGAACCAGGUGCUGCCUGGUGCCAUUCGGAGUGAAAGCGAUAGACAAGACGACAUUUCAAUCUUCGCAACAGCAAGGCAACCACGGGCAUCCCGAACGCCCGAAAACUUUCCGAAGUCGACGACGACGACGGCCCCUACCAGACGUCUUGGGAACGGCCCUGCAGCAGCAAGAGCAGAGAGGCUGUGGCCCGCGCCUAGUAGCUGCUCUCCGCGCUCGGAGCUCGGAGGCGCAUUUUACGCUCUCGGCAAACCGGUACCACCGAUUCAGAGCGUACACCGUCCCGCACUCUUUUACCAACCACAUCUCGCUCCUUCCCCUCCUCAGCGGCCCCCCACUCAGUCACCCUAAAGAGGGCUCGAGAGAGAGAGAGAGAGAGAGAACGCGCUCCGCCUAGAGUGGGAACCCGAUUGCGCAGCCCCGGAUAAGUGGGUCGCAGUCGCGAUAGAGAGAGAGAGAGCGCGGUACACGUUCGGGUCCCGUAGAAGACGACGGCGGUUCGCCCGGGCCCCGAUCGUGUGUGAUACCGUGGCUGGAAAAGUCACGCUGCGCUGCCGGUGGGACCAGCCGGUGGAGACGGAACGGGCGGUAUCGGGCCGCCGAUCGGGGCCUGAUCGGCGGUGUGAGUGUGCGCGCGCGCGCGCGCGCCCUCGCUUAGGUCGGGUUUGGUUUCGGGUUGGAGGUGGGGCGGCAAAGGGAACGGCACCCGUUUUUGGUGGGGCACACACACGCAGCGAAACACCACUCGCACCGCGAGCGAGCAUAGUAUAGUAGUAGCAGAAGCGACGGCAGCAUCAUCAGCAGCAGUUGGCAGCAGCAGGCAGACAGACAGCAGCAGCAGCAGCAGCAGCAGCAGCAGGCAACAGGCAACGGCAUUUCGGGGGCUUCGAGUGCUCGUGCGGUCCAUCGAACGGCUCACAAUUGUUUUGACUAUGGCGUGUUUAAGUUCGUCCAACCGGGCCUGUGUCCGCGUAGUGCAGGAGAAACUGUGUCAGCUAUUGGCGGUCCCGAAGGGUCCGCUCGGUCAGCAGCAGCAGCAGCGGGACCUGUCGCUGCCCGCGUCCGGUCCAGUAGUGAAUGUCGGUGGCGAUGGUGGAGGCGGCGGAGGCGGCCACCGGGCCGCGCUACUUUCGGCCGGAUCCGGCGGAACGCCCCUGGUCGCGCACAGCGUCAGCGGCCCGAUCAAGCGCAGCUUUUACACUGGCCGCGGCAACUUCAUUCAACCUGCAGCUGCACUCGCCCCGGCCAGGGCUGGUGUCCGCGCGCCAGUCGGUACGGGCGCCCUGUUCGAGCUGAACCAGAAAUGCAGCGCAACAGCGAACCUCCAUCCCUGCAUGCGGGGAUACAGCUCCGUCCACACACAGCAACCGGCCGGCCCGAUACGGGAGUAUAACAUCGACCCAUACAUACUGCUGGAGGACGAGCUGAAAUAUAUCUUUGAGGACAUUAGGCAGGAAAUCAGCCGCGCGACAAAUCACCAGGAGCUGAACAAAAUUGCCGUCUACUACUUCGACGGGCAGGGUAAAGCUUUCCGCCCGAUGGUUGCAAUACUGAUGGCGAAGGCACUGAACUAUCACAUGCACAACGAAAACAGUGACGUAAUGAACGCUCAGCGACAGAUAGCAAUGAUUUCAGAGAUGAUUCACACUGCCAGCUUAGUGCACGAUGACGUUAUCGACCAGUCGUUUGCCCGGCGGGGUAAGCCGAGCGUCAACGUACUGUGGAACCACAAAAAGGUGACGCAGGCUGGUGACUACAUCCUUGCCGUUGCCUCGAUGCUGUUGGCCCGCCUGAAGCACGACGAAGUAACACACAUUCUUAGUCAGGUUCUAACAGAUUUGGUCCAGGGCGAGUUUAUGCAGCUGGGCUCAAAGGAAACGGAAAACGAGCGUUUCGCGCACUACUUCACCAAGACGUACAGGAAGACGGCAUCGUUAAUAGCCAACAGCUUAAAGGCGGUUGCUGUGCUGUCCGGUGCGGACGAGCAGAUGGCCGAGCUAAGCUUCCAGUACGGGCGCAACCUCGGACUCGCCUUCCAGUUCGUGGACGAUCUGCUCGACUUUGUGUCGAGCUCGGAAGCGAUGGGCAAACCGGCGGCGGCCGACCUGAAGCUCGGCCUGGCCACCGCACCGGUACUGUUCGCCUGCGAGAAGUUCCCCGAGCUGAACCCGAUGAUUCUGCGCCGCUUCCGCGAACCCGGCGAUGUCGAGCGGGCGUACGAGCUGGUGCACCAAUCGCAAGGCCUGGAGCAGACGCGCUUCCUCGCCCGCAAGCACUGCAUCGAGGCGCUCCGGCUCGCGUCUCAGAUCAGCGAAUCGCCCUACCAGAAGGGUCUGAUCGUGGUCGGCGACUUUGUGCUCAACCGGAUGAAGUAAACGCAGAGCACGGAUCCCGUAAAGAUACGCAGAGAGAGAGAGAGAGAGAGAGAGAGAGAGAGAAAGGGAGCGAAACCUCUCGAACCAAUUUCCAAAUCGAUGUCGACGACAAAGAAAAGAAGAAAAAACAACAACUCAACAACAACAGAAACAAGACCGCCGAUGAGCCUUCCUUCCGCAUUGCUUACAUAUAUAUAUAUAUAUAUAUAGAUAUGCACACGCGACCUGCAAAAAAAAAAAGGUUUCUAACGGGUAUCUUGGGACGCCUGAACCGUCGACAGUGCCGCUAGCAAAGUGUAAGAAGAUAAAGUGCAGUGCGUUUUCGCACAACACAAGCGGUAACGCGGGUAACGGUGGAAAUGCUAAUGUAAGCAAUAUCAUAUACACACACACACUCACAUAACACAGCAGAAAAGCCUCAGGAAUCGUAGAAAAAUGAAUGCAACGAGACCACCAGCAAAGUAUAUAGCAAAAAUUGUCGAAAACACACAGCAGCAGCAAUAUACCAGCCAACCAUCAGGACGGGCGGUGAAAUUUUCCAUGCAAACAGCAACAGCAAACGCUCGGCCUUAACGCAGCAGACACGGUUUAGACGUUUAGAUGGACUAAUCAUAUGCGUAGCGUAGUGUUAAGGGUCGAUCGAGUGCCUGCACGCAUCGCAACGGCAUCUCUUAUCAAACAAGGAACCCUUCCUUCCUUUCUCGUACUCUUCCUACGGUGGUGAUGGGGUAAAACUACUGGACACACGGGUUUGUGUGCAUUUCUGACUAAUCACUGUUUUGUUUUUCCGACGUGUGUUUGUGUGUUGUAGGGUUUUGUGUGGCUGCUAAUUUAAAAAGAAGGCAAAACGGCAAUUCGCGGAUGCAACGCAAACGCAAUAGAAUGGUGAUAAAUGUUUGGCCUGAGUAUGAGAGCGUGUACGCUUAAGUCAGUGGAGGUUUUUUUGGGCAAAGGAUAGCCAUUUAUGUUUUGCAUUCUGAAAUUUGCGCCUGUUGGGGCCGAAAACUGAUCGUAAAUAAUUUACUGUAAAUGUUCUACCGUUUUUUGAUAUUUGUUGCGACAAAUAGAAAGGGCAAAUUAAAACACAAACAUGUUCAAACAUAUUUCUCUCUCUAUGUCUCUUUCUCGCUCGCUCUCUUUUUCUCACUGUCUCUGACGCUCUAUCUCUCUACUACUGGCAGCCUGCUUUAGCAUUACCAAAUAAUUUUCAGCCCACCACCCCGACACGACCAGUAUAUUUAUUUAUCCAACUACCCAAAACCCAAACCCAAUGUGUCAUGCGUACAUGCGAAGGAGAGUUUGCGGUAGAGCGUUUCCCAAUUUUCCCUCAACUGCACAGCACAUUAACCGUGUCCCCGUUUCAUCUAAUUAUACACCACAUACAUACAAAGAGCUGCAGCUUUGGAACCGGCAAACCGCACGUUUGCUCAUGCCAGAUGCGUCCUGUACAUAGGCUACUUCCCUGCCGGCCCAUCUAGGUAGAAGAAGAAACAAAACAAAAAAUAUGGCAACACGAUUUGUAAACAAUUGAACAGGCGGUCAAAUGUUAGCACAAAUCUACCCCGAAACGCAACAUACAAUCCAAUCCAAACGCCCCAAUCGAGACGGCAAACGGAACAAACAAACGAAUGCUGUUAUCGUACGAACGGGACAAGAACACUCCACAAAACAAAACAACAAAAAAAACGAACGCUUAGUUACCGUUUUGAUGGUAGCCGAGACCGGGUGAUGGUGGCAGCUUAGUAAUUAGAUCACAAAACCGCAAACGGUCGAAAAUAAGUACCGCUGAUUCGGACAACAGCUAGAGUAAUGCAUAAUAAAAAAGAGAGAUAGAGAGAGAGAGAGAGAGAGAGAGAGAGAGAGAGAGAGAGAGAGAGAGGGAGAGAGAGAGAGAGAGAGAGCGGGAGAGUGAGAAAUGUAAAAGAGACAUAUAGAAAAAACAGAACAGCGAGAGUGAAAAGACGAGCAGCGAGGGAAGAUGUGUACGAUAAGGCAAUGGUACGAGGGAAAGUAGGAAAUCUGUAGCGUCAAACUGAUUUACAGGGCUUCGAAUCAUGCAAAUGGAAUAGUUAGUUCAAUUCGGUUCGGGCAGGGGACGUCAAACUCCACGGCUAGCGGGCCGCAUCCCGGACCUCGAGAGCCUAAUAAUGCUGAUUUUGUAAAGGGUUAAAACAAUAAAUAUAGUCUAUUACUUGUAACUAUUUUCAUCAAACAAUGUAAUGUUUACUUUCUAGAGACACGAAACACAAGCUAAUGCUAAUGAAAAGCUGUAGAAAUUGUAAUGGAAUGUGGCUGGGGAGAAAUUGUAAUGGAAUGUGGGGGUUGUUAUCACGGACAAUUUUGAAGCUCCACAGCCAACCUUCAAAAUAACCCCCGCGUUCGGUUGACACAUUGCCUGACCCAGCGAAAAAAAAAAAAGAUGUGAAAUUUCCCAAAAAUGUUUGAAGAGUUCCACGUGACGGGCCCAAUAGAUUAACCAAGAGGUAAAAAAAAGUGUGAAAGUGCUAUAAAACACUAUGAGGAACGGUAAAGAGCCGCACUUUUGCACGAUCGCUGGCCCCUAAAUCGAUUGAACUGUUCCAUUGCAUGAUUCGAACCCCCUUCUGCAUCAGUGCAAUUCUGCAUGCCCAUUAACGGUGUGUAACGUCUGCUCAAUUACUUUAUAAUUAUGCUUCCGUGCGUUUUCGUGUGCUUUUGGUGUGUGUAUGUUUUUUUUUGUAAUUGUGUAUCCCUUGUUUGUUUGUCCCCAGUUGCACAAAUGUAAGAGAGUGAAAAGCGAGUAUACAGAGAGAAAGAGGGAAAGAGAGAGAGAUAGAGAGAGAGAGAGAAAGGGAUAGAGAGAGAGAAAUAGAGAGAUAGAGAGAGAGAGAGAGGGAUAGAGAGAGAGAGAGAGAAAUAGAGAGAAAGCACACAUAUGUUACAGGAUUUUCCAGGAGUUCUCAUAGCUGUGGGACACUUUAUUAACUCUUUCUUACGUGAAAUGAAGUUAAUGUAAUAGCAAUUCCAUUGGAUGGGAAUUGCACUCUCUAGCACCCUUGUGGGACAAAUCCAACAGGAAAUUCCACGAAGGCUGAUGGAAAGGUGUGCCAUAGAGUCCAAUUUCCAACACGUGCAAUUCAUUUCCAAUAGGAAAGAGUCAAAGAAGUGUCCCACAACUAUGAGAACCACUGGAAAUACCUUCACAACGAUCACCGGCAGAGAGCACGAGGAAUCGGCCAACUCAUUUGCCGACGAACAAGAUUUCGGGAACCUCAAUUGUACAUAGUAUCUAAUAUUUAAUACGUCCCCCUUCUUUUAAUGCCACAGUCUAACAAUCGGGUCCAUUGCAUUACCUUUGUGACGAAUCCUUUCGUGGGUUUAUUAUUAUUUUUCGUUUUUUGUAUUCUCGGUUCAGGUUUGCUCCCUUCUGUUGCAAUGGCAGGCCGAUAGUUAGUGAAGUUGUUCACCGUGGUCACAGCUCCCUUAGUACAUUUUGUUUCCACCUUCUCGUCGAAUCAGUAAAGAAUUUAUAACUCAAGUACAGAUUUGAUAACGACCACCCUCACACACACAAUGUUCAAAGUUUACUGGAAAUGGCCAAUUAAAGGAAGUGCGUGCGUGUUUGAUUUACUCUGUUUUCGAUAGCAAUACACUGAUGAAAGAGGGGGGUAUGUGGUACUCUCGAUUAACUUUUUUUUUUAAUUUUGUUUUUUUUUUUAGUUUAUGUGUCUGUGUUGAGCACGUGUCGUAAAGAGGGUUGUUGCUUAUGGAAAAUAAAAUAAAGGAAGCUGUUAGGAAAGAGAAAAAUAUCAAUUAAAAAGACAUAUAUUAGCAAACACACCUAUAAAACGCGCCCUUCUUUGUUUUUCCCCCUAUGAUGUGAAUAAUAGGGAAAUUGUGUGCAUAUAAUUCAAAAAUAAAUCAAAACAAACAAAAACAAACAUUGACAGAAGGAACGGUUACGUAUAUGAAACAAUUAUUAAUCGCACGGUGCAAAGGGUGUUAGAAAAACAAACUGUUAAUCAUCUGCCUGUACGACUUGUUGGUUGGACUUAGGCUUAAUCAGCGCUAGCAAACAUGUACACAAAUACACACACUGAAACGAAUGCCUAGCGACUCCAGUGUGCCGCACAGAGGUGGCUACACACUCAAACAAAGCAAAAUUUGUAACAAAAUAACAAAGCAACAGCAAAAGCAAAAACGGGAGAAGGAUAAAAAUAUGCAAUUGAAAUGUUAGCUUGCGUGUGCGUGUAUAGGAUAAAAAUAAAUGGAAUAAAACAGGAAUUGUAUUCCCUGUUUUUUAUUUUGUGGAGCUCA